AUGGAAGGAAGAUAUUCGGAUGCCAGUACGCAUGGGUUGCGACCCCAUGCAAUGCAUAGAUGGUUAUGUGGGACAUUCGGAAGACAUAUGUCGCCAAGGCUUGGGCGACAUGCAAGUAUGACAGCUUGCGUGUAUAGCUUGAGGAUGUGGGCUAUCGUGGACGCUAAAGGAAUGACCGACAGAAGUGUGGGUAAACCGAUGGUGUGUUGGAUCGCUAUGUCUUGA